UUUCUCUCAUUGUUAUUCUAUCAAGAUGGAACACCAAACCGAAAAGGCCUUCCAAAAGCAAGCUGGUAUCUUCCAAAACUCCAAGGACGCUAAGAAGCGUAACCAACGUUGGUUCAAGGAAGUCGGUUACGGUUUCAAGACCCCCAAGGAAGCCAAGACUGCUACCUACAUUGACAAGAAGUGUCCCUUCGUCGGUGAAGUCAACAUCCAAGGUCGUAUCUUGACUGGUGUUGUUGUCUCUACCAAGAUGAACCGUACCCUCGUUGUUCGUCGUGACUACCUUCACUACAUCCCCAAGUACAACCGUUACGAAAAGCGUCACAAGAACAUCUCUGCUCACGUUUCUCCUGCUUUUGAAAACGCUGCCAUUGAAAACGGUGAUGUUGUUACCAUUGGUCAAUGUCGUCCCCUUUCCAAGACCGUUCGUUUCAACGUUCUCAAGGUCUCCAAGGCCAAGGGUGCCUCUAAGUCUUUCUCCAAGUUCUAAAUCGAUUAGACUUUACUAAUAAAGACUUUUUUUAAUUUCUUGUCAUA